ACCAAGAUAAGCACCAUUGUUCCACCUCUCCGAUCUUAUGUACUCCCUAACUUUUGUUCCCUCAGCUCUAUUCCAGUUGCUCGCUAUAUUCGUCCUCUGUUUCCUCACUGCACCCUCCUCAGCGGCCAUAUGCCACGUGGACGAUGAAACCGGGUUAUUGGGUUUCAAGUCGGGUAUCAGAGCCGACCCAUUCGGCAUGCUAUCCUCAUGGAUACAGGGCACAGACUGCUGCAAAUGGAACGGCGUCACAUGCCUCUCCGGUCACCGGGUCACAUCUUUAUCCCUCGCCGGUCGACCUAACAAUCUCACCACCACCUUAUCGGGUACAAUCUCCCCUUCUCUCUCUAAACUCCACCACUUGGACGGAAUUUACUUCCAGGAUCUUAAAUUUUUGUCCGGCCCUUUCCCCAAUUUCAUCUUUAGCCUGCCCAAACUUUUGUACGUUUACAUCGAAAACAAUAACCUUUCCGGUUCAAUUCCCGCGAAUAUCGGUAAGCUGGUCCAACUGGAAGCACUAAGCCUGGAGGGGAACCGGUUCACGGGAACGAUCCCUAGUUCAAUCGGCGAUUUGACUCGGUUAAUUCAGCUCAAACUCGGCAGCAACCUCCUCACCGGCACCAUACCUCUCAGCAUUCAGCGCCUCGUGAGGAACCUGACGCUACUGCACUUGGAGAGGAAUCGAUUGUCCGGGGCAAUACCGGAUUUCUUUUCGGGUUUAUCUGAACUCAGAAGUAUUAAGCUUUCUUACAAUAAAUUCACAGGGAAAAUUCCGGUGAGCAUUGCAGCACUAGCACCGAAACUGGGCUAUCUUGAGCUAGGGCAUAAUUCCCUGACCGGCCAAAUCCCUGAUUUUCUCGGAAAAUUUCACGCCCUCGACACGUUGGAUCUCUCGUGGAACAAUUUCUCAGGAACAGUUCCAAAAACAUUUGCAAAUCUGACAAAAAUCUUCAAUCUUGAUCUCUCACAUAACAAGCUAGUGGAUCCAUUUCCAGAAAUGCGCGUCAAAGGCAUCGAAUCCCUCCAUUUGUCGUACAAUAAUUUCCAUUUAGUAAGCAUUCCUCAGUGGGUUACCACCUCUCCGAUCAUAUACUCUCUGAAGCUAGCCAAAUGUGGAAUCAAGAUGAAAUUAGAUGAUUGGAAGCCCACAGAGACUUACUUCUACGACUACAUUGAUCUUUCGGAGAACGAAAUAACGGGAAGUCCCGUGAAGUUGCUGAACAGAACUGAUUAUUUAGUUGGAUUCUAUGCUUCUGGUAACAAAUUGAAAUUCAAUUUGGAGAGUAUGAAAUUAACCAAGACUUUGAAGUACUUGGAUUUAUCUCAUAAUCUGGUGUUUGGGAAGGUGCCUAAGGCGGUUUCUGGGCUGACCGAGUUGAACGUGAGUUACAAUCACUUGUGCGGACAAUUGCCGCCAACAAAGUUCUCAGCUCGUGCGUUUGCUGCGAAUGACUGUCUCUGUGGUUCGCCGUUGCCGAAAUGCAAAGCUUGAAGAUGAUCGAUCAUCUGUCUGUUUGCCACUGCCAAAAAACGUUCUUGUUUUUUGGGUUAAUAAUAAAAUCCCAUGACCAAAAUAUUGUAUACUUGAGCUUUGUUUCUUGUUGUGGAUUAUGUUUAUUUAUAUAUAUGUUGUGUACAAGAAGAUAGUCCUCUUGAUUAUUACGGUGGAUUAAAAUUUACUUUCAGUGAAGCUAUUCAAAACCAUUAUUACAUUCA